AUGGACCCUCCGACCCUCAGACUCCUGGACCCUCAGACCCAUGGCCCCUCAGACCCCUGGAACCUCAGACUCAUGGACCCUCCGACCCUCAGACUCCUGGACCCUCAGACCCAUGGCCCCUCAGACCCCUGGAACCUCAGACCCAUGGACUCUCAGACCCCUGGAACCUCAGACCCAUGGACUCUCAGACCCCUGGAACCUCAGACCCAUGGACUCUCAGACCCCUGUAGCGAACACAGAGCUCCCACAGUUGCCUUAGAGUUCACCAGUUCCUCCACACUUUACAUGAAGUUCUACUGGAAGUGUGAUGUUUCACUUUUACUUUCAAACUAA